AUGAAGAGACUCCUCUCUCCCCCACGUUGCCACCUCUCCCCGUGUCCCCCCCUUGUCUCCCCCGCGCUGAAUCCCUGUCUCCCCCGCGCUGAAUCCCCGUGUUUCCCCCACGUUGCCCUCUCUCCCCGUGUGCCCCCCCCCCCCGUAUCUGCCCUCUCCCUCCCCUUGUUCCCCCGUCUCCCCCGCUCUCUCUCUCUCCCAGCGCUGACUCGCUGUGUGUUUCCGCAGACCACGCUGAAGUUGCUGGUGUCGGGGGAGGGCCGGGGCCGGACGGGAGUGUUGAUCUCCAUCCCCCAGUAUCCGCUGUACUCGGCCGCCAUCGCUGACCUGGCCGCCGUGCAGGUCAACUACUACCUGGACGAGGAGCACUGUUGGGCGCUGAGUGUGGACGAGCUGCGCCGGGCCCUGCACCAGGCCCGGGAGCACUGUACUCCCCGGGUGUUGUGUGUCAUCAACCCAGGCAACCCCACAGGCCAGGUGCAGAGUCGGCAGGUGAUAGAAGAUGUGAUCCGAUUUGCUGCAGAGGAGAAGCUUUUCCUGAUGGCGGAUGAGGUGUACCAGGACAAUGUGUACGCAGCUGGCUGCCAGUUCCACUCCUUCAAGAAGGUGCUGUUUGAGAUGGGCCCGGCGUACUCGGAUGUAGUCGAGCUCGCCUCCUUCCACUCAGUCUCCAAGUGCUACAUGGGAGAGUGCGGUUAUCGUGGGGGAUACGUGGAGUAUGUGAACCUGGACCCUGGUGUGAAGGCGGAGCUGGUGAAGCUGGUGUCGGUGCGACUCUGCCCCCCUGUCAGCGGGCAGGCCGUGGUGGGCAUCAUCACUGACCCUCCUCAGCCCCACGAACCCUCCCACCACACCUUCCAGGAGGAGAGGCGGGAGGUGCUGGGUGCGCUGGCGGAGAGGGCUCGGCUGACGGAGGAGAUGUUCCAUGGUGUGCCCGGUAUCCGCUGUAACCCCGUGCAGGGAGCCAUGUACUCGUUCCCCCGCUUCGACAUGCCGCCCAAGGCCAUCGCUGCAGCUCAGGCGGCAGGACAGGCCCCGGACAUGUUCUUCUGCAUGAAGCUGCUGGAGGAGACGGGCAUCUGUGUGGUGCCGGGCAGCGGCUUCGGUCAGCUGGAGGGGACCUAUCACUUCAGAAUGACCAUCCUGCCCCAGACGGAGAAGCUGAAGGUCCUCCUCACUAAACUUAAGUGUUUCUACCGAGACUUUGUUGCCCAGUACUCCUAGUUCCUCAUUCAGGGCUAGCCCAGAGAGCUGGCACCAGCAACAUCGGGUGUCAAUGGGCAUCAAUCAGGGCUGGUUAUCGUUAUCGAUGUCCCCAGUAUGUCAGACAACUGGGCCUUUAUCUUUAUUUUGGCGGGGGCGUGCAUUCAAGAUUAAUGGAGACAGUGAGAGUCAGUGCAAUUUCAAAACUGUAUCAGUGCAAUAGCAGGGGUCAGAGGCUAUGUCUGUCUCUGCCCUCUGACCCAUGUCACCUGGAGCGGCACCCGAGUCCUGGCAGAGUUGUUGAACCCACUUCGCCAACCCUACCCCCCGCCCCGCCUGACCUCCUGAAUCUGCCACCGUGGUGCUGCCAAUAAACGAACAGAUGUUAAGAGAUUA